GGGGAAUGGGAGGGAAUGCUGGGGCACAGGCCAAAGAGGGAGGCAUUUGGUGAGUAUUCUGCAGAGUCUCCUCUGCUGUGCUGAGGUGUGGACAAUGGGAAACCAUGGACGGACUGGAGUAGGCAAAUGCCAUAUUCCCUGUUGCAACUGUCUGUUUGCAUGUCAGCCUUCUAGAAGCCCCUUAAGGUAUCAACUAUGUUUUUGUUUUGUCAUCAUUCAAUCCUAAGUGCACAGAAUUCCUGGCAUAUUACAGGUUCCCCAUAAAUGUUUCUUUCUUUAUUAAAAUGUAUGAAAACUCUCCAGAUUUAAGGAAGGUCCUCAAUGUUUCAAAUUCUUUUUGUUAGAUCGUUGGUCCUGUCUGCAGCUGUCACAAAUUUAAGGACUCUGGUUAUAUUUAAUCUUCACUUUUGAAUUUUCUGCUUGAAAAAUUUGUAUUAGAAAAAAAGUCUAUCCUUUUAUGGAAGGCUCUAAUCUCUUGAAUCAUUUGGGUUGGCUUUUCUUUGGACCUUCUUCAACUCUGUUUUGUCUCUGUUGAGUUAAGGCUUUUAAGAACAUCUGAAUUCUUUCCUUCUGCAAAACCAGAGGCAGCUUCUUUUCCACCUAUUUUCAGUUUAUUUCUUGUGAUUUUGGUUUUUUUCUCUUAACCAAAUGCUAAAUGGAUUUAGGAGAAAUAAACUUAUUUGUAAAGCUGUCAAGGGACCAUUAGAAGGAUGGUGCUUCACAGAUAGAAUACAGUUUUUAUUAAUGAUGCCUAGACAAAUCCUGCCAUUAGCCCAAGGGCUCAGAAAGUUAGCAGCCUAGUAGUUUUGGAGAUGUCAAUGAAAUGAAUUGGACUGGAUGGUUAAGGAUGCCCAGAAGAUUGAAUAAAAUUGGGAUUUAGGAGGACCCUUGUACUCCAGGAAAUUCUCCAAGUCUCCACUUAGUUAUCCAGAUCCUCAAAGUGAACAUGAAGCUUCAGUUUCAAAUUGAAUACAUUUUCCAUCCAUGGAUUGGCUUGUUUUGUUCAGUUGAGUGCUUGAGGUUGUCUUUUCGACGUAACAGCUAAACCCACGGCUUCCUUUCUCGUAAAACCAAAACAAAAAGGCUUUCUAUUCAAGUGCCUUCUGUGUGUGCACAUGUGUAAUACAUAUCUGGGAUCAAAGCUAUCUAUAUAAAGUCCUUGAUUCUGUGUGGGUUCAAACACAUUUCAAAGCUUCAGGAUCCUGAAAGGUUUUGCUCUACUUCCUGAAGACCUGAACACCGCUCCCAUAAAGCCAUGGCUUGCCUUGGAUUUCAGCGGCACAAGGCUCAGCUGAACCUGGCUACCAGGACCUGGCCCUGCACUCUCCUGUUUUUUCUUCUCUUCAUCCCUGUCUUCUGCAAAGCAAUGCACGUGGCCCAGCCUGCUGUGGUGCUGGCCAGCAGCCGAGGCAUCGCCAGCUUUGUGUGUGAGUAUGCAUCUCCAGGCAAAGCCACUGAGGUCCGGGUGACAGUGCUUCGGCAGGCCGACAGCCAGGUGACUGAAGUCUGUGCGGCAACCUACAUGAUGGGGAAUGAGUUGACCUUCCUAGAUGAUUCCAUCUGCACGGGCACCUCCAGUGGAAAUCAAGUGAACCUCACUAUCCAAGGACUGAGGGCCAUGGACACGGGACUCUACAUCUGCAAGGUGGAGCUCAUGUACCCACCGCCAUACUACCUGGGCAUAGGCAACGGAACCCAGAUUUAUGUAAUUGAUCCAGAACCGUGCCCAGAUUCUGACUUCCUCCUCUGGAUCCUUGCAGCAGUUAGUUCGGGGUUGUUUUUUUAUAGCUUUCUCCUCACAGCUGUUUCUUUGAGCAAAAUGCUAAAGAAAAGAAGCCCUCUUACAACAGGGGUCUAUGUGAAAAUGCCCCCAACAGAGCCAGAAUGUGAAAAGCAAUUUCAGCCUUAUUUUAUUCCCAUCAAUUGAGAAACCAUUAUGAAGAAGAGAGUCCAUAUUUCAAUUUCCAAGAGCUGAGGCAAUUCUAACUUUUUUGCUAUCCAGCUAUUUUUAUUUGUUUGUGCAUUUGGGGGGAAUUCAUCUCUCUUUAAUAUAAAGUUGGAUGCGGAACCCAAAUUACGUGUACUACAAUUGAAAGCAAAGGAGUAGAAAGACAGAGCUGGGAUGUUUCUGUCACAUCAGCUCCACUUUCAGUGAAAGCAUCACUUGGGAUUAAUAUGGGGAUGCAGCAUUAUGAUGUGGGUCAAGGAAUUAAGUUAGGGAAUGGCACAGCCCAAAGAAGGAAAAGGCAGGGAGCGAGGGAGAAGACUAUAUUGUACACACCUUAUAUUUACGUAUGAGACGUUUAUAGCCGAAAUGAUCUUUUCAAGUUCAAUUUUAUGCCUUUUAUUUCUUAAACAAAUGUAUGAUUACAUCAAGGCUUCAAAAAUACUCACAUGGCUAUGUUUUAGCCAGUGAUGCUAAAGGUUGUAUUGCAUAUAUACAUAUAUAUAUAUAUAUUUUUUAAUUUGAUAGUAUUGUGCAUAGAGCCACGUAUGUUUUUGUGUAUUUGUUAAUGGUUUGAAUAUAAACACUAUAUGGCAGUGUCUUUCCACCUUGGGUCCCAGGGAAGUUUUGUGGAGGAGCUCAGGACACUAAUACACCAGGUAGAACACAAGGUCAUUUGCUAACUGGCUUGGAAACUGGAUGAGGUCAUAGCAGUGCUUGAUUGCGUGGAAUUGUGCUGAGUUGGUGUUGACAUGUGCUUUGGGGCUUUUACACCAGUUCCUUUCAAUGGUUUGCAAAGAAGCCACAGCUGGUGGUAUCUGAGUUGACUUGACAGAACACUCUCUUGAAGACAAUGGCUUACUCCAGGAGACCCAUAGGUAUGACCUUCUAGGAAGCUCCAGUUCGAUGGGCCCAAUUCUUACAAACAUGUGGUUAAUGCCAUGGACAGAAGAAGGCAGCAGGUGGCAGAAUGGGGUGCAUGAAGGUUUCUGAAAAUUAACACUGCUUGUGUUUUUAACUCAAUAUUUUCCAUGAAAAUGCAACAACAUGUAUAAUAUUUUUAAUUAAAUAAAAAUCUGUGGUGGUCGUUU